CGCAGCCAUGAAAUACUGCAGGGGAUGAUGUCCAAGGGUUUCUCAUAGCUAACCUUCAAUUCAUCGCAUGAAAUGAAAGACUUGAUUCAAUUGGAUUUUGGAAGUUUUGGCUUUAUGCAUUCGACUCUUUUAAUUUUAUAGAUUUGAGGUUUAAGGAUGUUAAUGGAAAUUAGGGUUUUAGUUAACUAUGUGGAAGUCUGCGUUUCUUCUUCGUCAAAAUGCUACGGAAUGAUUGAGACCAUACCUGUACCCCCUGUUCGUCAAUUCAAUCAUAUCUUGAUUAAAAUUGCUAAGAUGAAGCAAUACCCUACUGCCAUCUCUAUCAUUCUGGACCAUGACUUGUUAGGCUUCAACUCUUCUGUUAAACCUAAUUUAUAUACAUUUAGCAUUGCCAUAAACUGCUUCUGCCAUACGGGUAGAGUGGAUUUAGGUUUCUCAGUGUAUGGAAAAGUGGUUAAGCUUGGUUACAAGCCCGAUUCUGCUAUCAUUAAUACUCUGAUAAGGGGGCUUUGUGAUAAUGGUAACAUUUGUGAGGCGCUGAAGUUUUAUGAAAUGAAUAUGAAUAAUGGAUUACAACCAACAGCAGUUACUUUUGGUACAAUAAUAAACGGCAUUUGCAAAAAAGAUGGCCCACAAGCUGCUCAUCGUUUUCUUCAGCUUGUGGAGGAAACUAAGGGCUUUCAUCUAGGCACAACUGAGUAUAAUACAAUCAUCAAUGGCCUUUGCAAAGAUAGACAUCUUACUCAAGCUCAAGAAAUCUAUUUCGAAAUGGAAAAGAAAGGUAUUCUUCCAGAUGUUAUAACAUUCAAUAGUUUGAUUCAUGGUUACUGUAAUUUGGGUCUAUGGGAAAAGGUGAAUGGAUGGUCUAAUUUAAUGAAAGAUCAAGGAAUUUCAUAUGAUGUAGCCACGUUUAGCAUUUUAGUUCAUUAUUGGUUUAAACAACGUCGGACUGAAGAAGCACAUAAAAUUAUUAAAUUGAUGUUGGAAAGUGGAAUGAAGCCCGACACUUAUAUGUAUACUUCAGUAAUACAUGGCUACUGUUUACUUCGUAAAGUAAAUUAUGCUAAAAAGAUUUUCACUUUUAUGAUUGCACAAGGGUGUGUGCCUAGUGCUUUCACUUACACUACACUAAUCAAUGGAUAUUGUUUGGUUGGAAAAGUGGAUGAUGCUAGAGAGAUCUUUGAGGUUAUGAUUCAAAAAGGGUAUGCACCUUGUGUUGUCAGCUAUAGCAUCUUGAUUGAAGGAUACUGCAAGAGCAAAAAGAAAGAAAAGAUAGAAAAAGCUUGGGAUCUCUUUAGUGAAAUGUACGGAAAUGGAAUUGUUCCUAAUGUAGUCACCUGCACCUCUCUUAUAAAUGGUUUAUGUCAUGUGGGAAGACUCAAAGAGGCAUUUCGGCUUCUUAAAGAUAUUCCGAAUCGGGGUAUUUAUCCAAAUAUUUUUACUUACUCUACUUUGAUAGAUUCUUAUUUAAAAAAUGAAAAAAUGGAUGAGGCCCUUAAGUUAUUUAGAACUAUGGAAGAUAUUGGCAUUAAACCUGACAUUGUUGUUUACACUAGCCGUAUUGAUGGUAUGUGCAAAGCUGGGGAAGUCAAGGGCGCCUAUGAAAUUUUUCGUGGACUCCCUAGUAGAGAUUUGCAACCUAAUUGUCAUACUUAUAAUGUCUUGAUGGGUGGAUUUUUUAAGCAUGGUUAUCUUAAAGAUGUGAAUGAUCUGAUUCAAGAAAUGGAGGUUGAAGGUUGCAUGAUGGAUGGUGUUACUUGUAAUUUAGUUAUUCAGGGAUUUCUUCGACAUAAUGAGACAAAAAGGGCACUUUUAUAUCUUGAAAGCAUGCUUGAUGUCGGUUUCUCUGCAAAUGCAAGUACAACAACCAAACUAGUGUACUUGUUGGCCACAAAACAUUUGAAUAGGGCAUCGAAGAAAUUGCUUAAGAAGUUUUUUAGUCAACAGAAAAAAAAGGUUAGAUGUUGUGGGAUUUUGGACAGAAGGGGAAUUCGAUUCCGUUCCAAUCUGUGUUUUGUUGCAAAAAAGUAUGGAAUUAAAUUACUUAAGAAAUCACAAAGGGUUCUUUGA